UAAGGGGUACCCAUUUUCUUCAAUUUGACGGACAAUUUAAACACAUCGCUUUACAAAUAUUACACCUGGUCCGUAUUCGUGAAGCAGACGAGAACUACUUUAUAGCGAGGUCACUGGCCUGUGAAGUUUGAAAUAUGGAUGUAAAGAUAGACAAAGACACCGUGGAUGAAAUUGAUGAAUCUGUGACUGCUCCUGGAGCCGUUCUGUACGGAGUCGAAGAUGUGCCAUCUCCCAUAUUAUGUUUUCUGUUCGGAUUGCAGCAAGCUAUAAUGUGUAUUGGAGGAACUUUGUCCAUACCGUUUAUAAUGUCAGGAUUGAUCUGUGUCGGUGAUAGGACCGAAGUUACAGCAACAUUACUAAGUAUUACCAUGUUUAUGUGCGGUGUUGCUACCAUCAUUCAAACACUGUUUGGAAUCAGACUUGGUAUUAUACAGGGUGGUUCCCACACCUUUGUCGCCCCUAUUGUGGCUAUGAUGGCUGUUGACAAAUGGAGAUGCCCGGAGGAGAGUAUAGCAUCAAAUGGUACGGACGCUGACGAAAUCUGGAAAAGUAGAAUGCGAGAAAUCCAAGGCAAUUUGGUGAUAGCCUCAAUAACUCAGCUCUUCCUCGGUUGUACAGGGCUGAUAGGCGUAUUGUUACAGUUUAUUGGACCUUUGACCAUUGCACCGACAAUCUCCCUUAUUGGUUUGUCUUUGACUGGUGUUGUGAUUGAAUUCAACAAGUAUCACUGGGGUAUUGCGUUUCUGGCGAUGAGUUUAACACUAUUGUUUACACUGUACCUUGGAAAGUUAAAACUUCCACUUCCAGCAUGGUCUACAAAGCGUGCUUGUCAUUUUGAAGGCUUUCCGAUAUUUCAACUCUUUCCGGUGAUAUUAAGUAUAUGUUUUAGUUGGUUGUUUUGUCUGAUGUUGACUGUAACGGAUGUCCUUCCUAACAACUCAACAUUGCCGAGCUUCAUGGCGCGUACAGACGCACGUAUAGGCGUAUUAGAGCGAUCACCCUGGUUUUACUGGCCGUAUCCAUUUCAGUUUGGCACACCUACUGUGAGUGCGGCAGGAUACGUAGCGUUCCUGGCAGCCACCAUUGCAUCAAUUAUAGAAUCAGUCGGGGAUUACUAUGCCGCGGCCCGUAUCUCGGGUGCUCCUCCCCCGCCCCCUCAUGCCAUUAACCGUGGUAUAGCAAUGGAGGGUCUGUCCAGUAUAGUGUCGGGUUUGGUAGGUGCUGGUCAUGGGACGACGUCAUACAGCGGUAAUAUAGGGGCAAUAGGAAUCACAAAGGUGGCAAGUCGGGCGGUUUUCCUCACAGCCGGUAUAAUACUGUUGCUAUGCGGUGUGGUUGGGAAGUUUGGGGCUGUGCUGACGUUAAUACCGGAUCCGGUUAUCGGAGGGACACUAACUGUAAUGUUUGGUAUGGUCUCAGCUGUUGGCAUAUCAACUUUAAAGUUUAUAGACCUCGACUCUACAAGAAAUCUGACAAUUUUAGGAGUAUCGCUCAUCCUCGGUCUGAUGGUUCCACAGUAUAUUAACAAUCCUGCAAAUGCCAAUUUAAUCAAUACAGGAAAUGAAGAGCUAGACCAAGUAAUAAAGGUUUUACUCGGCACAGCGAUGUUUGUGGGAGGUUUUGUUGGUUUUCUUCUGGACAACACAGUCCCCGGUUCGUAUGAAGAAAGAGGCAUAUUGUCAUGGCGUAAAAAUCUUCUGAUUCGAUCAGAUGGCAUGGAUCCAAAUCAGUCUUUACAAAUUUAUGAGUACCCGUAUGUAACAAAGUAUUUGAGACAAGUGAAAUGUUGUACAUAUAUACCUGUGUCACCAGUGUUUAAUAAAGAGAUAACGGCCAUUUGCUCAUGCUGCAGUUCGGUUAAGAAUCGGAAUAGUGUAACAAAAACAGGAUAUGACAAUCAAGCAGCGACCAAUGACGUAGAAAUUGAAGUCACUUUUAGCAAAGAGAACGGCGUUAAAUUAUGAUUGAAAUCAAUAAACAUUUGUUUAAAAUUGCUAUUCUUAUGCAUUUUGCGUACAUGUAUUGUAUGUUAUCAAUACUUAUUUAAACAUGCGUCAGAAUAAUAAUGUUGUAUCUGUCGAUAACUAGACCAAAUAAAGGAGAGUAAACCUAGUUCACGUGUGUUAAGACCGACGAUGUUUCUUCAUAUUACACUUGUUCAAAGUACAUGUUUUUCAUACAGUUAAUAAGUUAAACAAAUUAGACUUUACAAUAAGGCAAUUUUCAAACAUAUUUAUACGCAUAACAAGAUACAUGUACACGGUUGUAAAUAUUUGA